UGAGCUAAUGACGUAACCGGAAGUACGAGGCCCUCGAACGUUGGCCUCGAGCACCUCUUCCCAGUAAUUACAUCGGUGCGGUGGUCGGCUACGUGUUUCCGAAACACGUCGAGAAACGUCGGACCGACGAUCAUUGUGACGACAUGUCGUUCCUCUUGAGCCGCGGUGGUCGAAAGGGGCCCAUCAUCUGCUUCGUUGGCCUCUUAUUGAUCUUUGCGCUGUACCAGUUGGGUAUCAUCUGCGGCUCCAUGAAAUCCGUCCCCACUGCCAUGAUGGUCGCUAAAGAGAAAUACGUGGUGGGCCCGUUCGAUCACAAGAGGUACGCGUACGAUCGCUAUAUGCCGUUAAUUUUCAUCGGCGGCGUGCCACGCUCCGGCACUACCCUCGUGCGCGCCAUGCUCGAUGCACAUCCCGAUGUCAGGUGCGGCCAAGAGACCAGGGUGAUACCGAGGAUCCUGCAGAUGAGGAUGCACUGGCUGAAAUCGGAGAGGGAGAACCUGCGGCUGUCGGAGGCAGGAAUCUCGAAAGAGGUGAUGGACAGCGCGAUAGCGGCAUUCUGUCUGGAGAUCAUAGCGCGACACGCGGAGCCAGCGCCGCGAUUGUGCAACAAGGAUCCCCUCACUCUGAAGAUGGGCUCGUACAUCCUCGAUCUCUUUCCAAAUGCCAAGUUUAUCUUCAUGAUCCGCGAUGGCCGUGCCACCGUGCAUUCCAUUAUCUCGAGAAAGGUCACCAUCACCGGGUUCGACUUGUCCUCGUACAGGCAGUCGCUGAUCAAGUGGAACCACGCGAUCUCGACGAUGUACGGCCAGUGCAAGGAAAUCGGGUCGGGCAAGUGUCUGAUGGUGCCGUACGAGCAGCUGGUGCUGCACCCGCGCCAAUGGAUGAAGAAGAUACUGAACUUCCUGGACGUUCCUUGGAACGAGUCGGUCAUGCACCACGAGGAGUUCAUUAACAAGCCGGGCGGCGUGCCUCUCAGCAAGGUGGAGAGGUCGUCGGAUCAGAUCAUAAAGCCAGUCAACUUGGAAGCACUGACCAAGUGGGUCGGCCACAUUCCGGACGACGUAGUCAGAGAAAUGCCGGACAUCGCGCCGAUGCUUUCUGUCCUCGGCUAUGAUCCUUAUGCUAAUUCGCCGGUCUACGGAGCGCCGGAUAGGCUGGUCAGCGAGAACACCAGACGGGUGCUAGCGAACGGAGAAGUGUGGGCGGCGAGGGCGCGCCAAUUUUCCCUGGAGAAGCUGAUAGAGCUGAGCAAAGAGGACGAGAGCACCAACGCGGCAAACGCGUGACCUCGGUUACACGCUACCCUAGGCGCGCGGACCUUGAACCUGUACAAUUUCUGCAACGUUUAACAAGCUGGUAAAACCUCACGGCGGAGCCAGUUCGUACCGAAUACCGUUGAAAGAGCGAAUUCCCUCUCGUCGUUUGCCUCUUCCCGGUGGGAUUCGGGGACAGCGAACCGUGAUCGUGAAAAUAAAGAAAAAAAGCGAGCUCUCUGGACUAUACUUUAAUUGUAAGAUCAAGCGUGCAUACUUGGUAGCCACGGCACAGCGAGUUCAACGACGAGACCGUGAAAGAGAGAAGCUUAGCGAACCCGAAGAAGCCGGAGAGUACUAGAGGCGGGGACCUUUCUUCUUGAACAACUCGGGGCCGAUCUGAAAGGGACACAAAACUUGAACAGAGCCUGCUUCGCAUGGCUGACCCAUCAUUUUCCUACCAGCCACGGAAUCCCUCGUUGACCAACCCUUUGUCUACAACCCAGUCGAUUGUUCGCGCGUUCUCGCUGUGUCGUUAUCUCCGAAUGUACGCGCUGCAUUCUCGUAUUAGCGAACGAUCGCGGUUCGCGAGACUACGCUACACGAUGGUUACUCUUUCUCUGUAUAUUUUAACCGGUAGAUGUCUAACUGCGGGACGGCACUUGCGUUCGCGAACGGCCGCACGGUUCCCGUUGCGGGAGGUUCGGCUGGAUCGCGCGUGCCCUCUUUCUCCCGCGGACGAAAUGCCGUGCGAAUGGUCGCCGAUUACUCUCGUUUCGUUUGUCCAGUGUUUCGUUGACGCGACCAACCAGGACUGUCGGAGACCCGCUAAACAAUUUCUGUACAGUCCCGACCAACGGCCAGUGACCGGAACGUAGAUCAUAAUGGUCUGAAGCAAGCGUGGAAUAAAGUUGUCUUCGUGAGCGAAUGGAGGAAGGUGGAUGGAAGCGACGAAACGUGAUGGGAUGUCUCUCCCGCGAUCAAAGCUAUGAUCCUUUUUUUUUAUAUUCUUGUAUCGUGUAACACAAAACAAAUUUGUUCAUGAGAGAAUGGUAUUUAUCGAUCGUCGAAGGAAAUUCUUGCGUGCGUUCCUUCUUUUGAUAUGUUCUUCUUUCCUUCAGUUUCUACGUUUGUAAGGUAGACUAAGAGCAGCAGUAGCGAAUAUUGAAGAUCAAUGUGCGUUCACUGCCCGACCGUUUCACGCGACCCAUAUUUCAAGCGACGCGCAAAGUCUUCGUGGUCAUUUUUCACCGUUUACAUUGUACUGUUAGAAUAUUGUAUUUCAUAUUCAUGAGGAUAACAUCACGUUUCGAAACAGUAGAGCACAUUCUGGCCCUGUCCUGCGGCACGAGAUUUCUUUCUAUCUCUGCGCAUAGUAAAUGUUACAGUAUUUUAACAUUAUUCUCAAUUAUAUAGCAAAACCGGUCUUGGAAUUAGAAGUAAAAGACUUAGACGAAGAACUAAUUGUAUGCGAAAAAAUAAAAUUCGUAUCGGCCGGAAAUGACCAAAAGACGGUGGUGUGUAAGGGUCAAGAAUUUUGCAGAUUUUUGCUCCAUCUUAGAGUGAUAUCGAGCGAAAAUCGGAAAGAAUUUCGGACAAUGUUGGAUUUGGACAUCUGGCAGCGAACGUGUAGAGUCUCCCUAUUACGAAAUAAUCAGUGUUCAGCAUCUGACGGCGAGUACGUCCCACGAAUGAAUCUCCGGACACUGAUUGUCUCGAGUGCAAAGGUUCUUGAGUUGUAGGAACGCGAGACUAUAAAAGGUUUCUUGUUAUUCCUAUUGUAUUACUAAUUAUAAGCAAAUAUAGAUUGUGACGUGGAGCCGCGGGCAAAAAAUAUAACGCAGACGAAUUGUUUAACCGGUCCCUCGAUUUACGAUUUACGAUUUACCGGAGUUCUUCUGUUAUCGAUGGUCGAUUAUAGUACGCAGCGAUGGUUGUCGCAAGCAAAUAUUACUGUAACUCCGCGAGAACAAUAAAUGUCCUCCAUUGUUGGUAGACCCUUGUCCAAACGGCGACCACGACAGGUGCAACAACUUCGAUGUGGCAUUACGUCAUUCGUGUAAACCAUGUUACUGUCUAUCGAAUUAUACAAUUAAAUUAUUUUAAUAUUACAGAA